CCCGGUCGAGAUGGAGGAAGAUGCCACCGGAGGCCAUCAGUUGCCAGAAACAGAGGAUAGAGUGGGAGCUGCGGCCUAGAGGUCCGAGCUUGGAGUUCACCUCAGACGGGGCGGAACCGCCCUGAUGUGAGAAGGACAUCCUGGGUCAUCUGUUGGGUCUCCAUAUGAAGCACUUUAACCUUUGUGUCUAAGCUGUGUUAAAAGAUGGGGGAAAAUUCAGAAUUGGAGCCAUGCACACAAAUAAGGAUCUGGGAAAGAGCCAUAAAGAAGCUGGGCUGAUUGAAUUGGAAGAAAGGAAGGCUGAAGGAAGUGAGCAUACAGUGGAAAUGGACACAUAACCUUGGGACCCUGGAUGCCAAACACCCUGUUUGUCAGUGAUACAGUGACCCCCUUCUCUUGAAGGGCCUUAAAGGAGAAGAUUGCUGCACUGGACUUGAUGGGUGUCCUGGGCUGAGGCUGGAGGAAGGGCCACUUUUGCCCACAGCAAGUGGCACAUCAGUGUUCCAGGGGUUCUCCUCCUAGAACCCCAUCUCUAGCUCAUUUCCCAUGGCCUAGAUUCUGUGUUCUGGUCCAACCAGUUGUUUCAAGCCAUUGUUUUCUCCCUUUUCACUGUCCACAUGUAUUCCUCCAUUCAAGCUGCUUUGUCCUCCUCCAGGAAGCCUGUCUUGGUUACAUGUGCCUCACCCAUGCCUCACCUUGAAGCUGAGGUUUUCCCUCAGUUUGCACUGCAGGUCUCCAGGCACAAUGGAGGACAAACGUAACAUCCAGAUCAUCGAGUGGGAACACCUGGACAAGAAGAAGUUCUACGUGUUUGGUGUGGCAAUGACAAUGAUGAUCCGUGUCAGCGUCUACCCAUUCACCCUCAUCCGUACUCGCUUGCAGGUUCAGAAAGGCAAGAGCCUCUACCAUGGGACCUUUGAUGCCUUCAUCAAGAUCCUACGGGCAGAUGGUGUGACUGGCCUCUACCGGGGGUUCCUGGUCAACACCUUCACCCUCAUAUCUGGCCAGUGCUAUGUUACCACUUAUGAGCUCACCCGGAAGUUUGUAGCUGACUACAGCCAGAGCAACACAGUCAAAUCACUGGUGGCCGGUGGCUCGGCCUCUCUCGUGGCUCAGAGCAUCACGGUGCCCAUUGAUGUGGUCUCCCAACACCUGAUGAUGCAGCGCAAGGGUGAGAAAAUGGGCCGCUUCCAAGUGCGAGGGAAUCCAGAGGGACAAGGGGUAGUUGCCUUUGGCCAAACCAAGGACAUCAUCAGGCAGAUCCUGCGGGCUGAUGGACUUCGUGGCUUCUACCGGGGCUAUGUGGCUUCGCUGCUUACUUACAUCCCAAACAGUGCUGUCUGGUGGCCCUUCUACCACUUCUAUGCAGAGCAGCUCUCGUCCCUCUGCCCUAAGGAGUGCCCUCACAUCGUCUUUCAGGCCAUCUCGGGGCCUCUGGCUGCAGCCACUGCUUCCAUCCUCACCAAUCCCAUGGAUGUCAUCCGAACCCGAGUACAGGUUGAGGGCAAGAACUCCAUCAUCCUGACCUUCCGACAGCUGAUGGCAGAAGAGGGGCCUUGGGGCCUCAUGAAAGGCCUCUCCGCCAGAAUCAUCUCAGCCACGCCCUCAACCAUUGUCAUUGUGGUGGGCUACGAGAGCCUCAAGAAACUCAGCCUCCGACCUGAGCUGGUGGACUCAAGACACUGCUACCAGAGAUUCACUGACUGUUACAAGUGCUUCUACCAGUUGCAGCCUGAGAUGACACAGCGCAUCUAUGACAAGUUUGUAACUCAGUUGCAGACAUCUAUCCAGGAGGAAAUCUCUGAAAUCAAAGCGGAGGGAAACCUGGAAGCUGUCCUGAAUGCGCUGGAUGCGAUUGUGGAAGAAAGCAAGGACUGCAAGGAGCCGGCUUGGCGUCCUAGUGGGAUCCCAGAGAAAGACCUGCGCGGCACUGUGGUGCCCUACUUUCUGCAGCAGCGGGACGCCCUGCAGCGCCGUGUGCAGAAACAGGAGGCCGAGAACAGGCAGCUGGCAGAUGCCGUCCUGGCCGGGCGCAGGCAGGUGGAGGAGCUGCAGCUGCAGGGCCAGGCCCGGCAGCAGGCCUGGAAGGCUCUACACAGAGAACAGAAGGAGCUGGUGGCCGUGCUGAGGGAGCCUGAGUGAGGAGGAGAGGGCCUGGCCCAGGAGCUGAGGGCAGUCAAGGUCAAGGGCCUGUGGUCCAGGAUGCUGGGCCUGAGUGAGCUGCCUCCCAGAACAGUCCCUAAGCAGUGAUGGAAUUUGCCGGAGAAGGAGGCCUCAGCUGUCUCCACUGCCGUUGUGCCUCUGGGGCUCCCUUGGGGUCAAAAACACACACUACCUUCAGAUUCCUCCCUGUUUUCUAACUUUAGGAUUCUUGGCCAGCUCCCACCCUGGGAAUUAGGCACCAUGCUUCCUCUCCUUUAGGUUCAGGCCAACCCCCAACCCUACCCGCAUCACACAUAUCGCCUAUUCCUGAGCCCUCCCUAGGACCUGGCUUGGGGAAUCUGUAUUCAGUUUCCACUGAUUGUCCCCUUGCUGGCCAGCCCGAGGGCCCUUGCCAUGUUCUCCCCACAUCCGCAAAUAAACUUCCUCCACCACACUGUAA